CUCUCCUUGUACCGGUUACUUUCUGUACACAGUUGUCUUUCUGAAAUAAUGCCUUCAACGUUUUAAUGUGCGCUCUUUGACUGAGUUCAAUUUGUCGCUUAGAUAUUUAAGAGUUUGCAACUUUUGUUUUCAAUGGGUUGAAGAAUGUGAAGUCGCUUUGGGAGGGAAAUAACGGUACAGGACGUUAGCCGACUGUUAGCUUACCAGCAGCAACAGGUCGGUGACAAAACAUGGUGAUGGAGCGCGCGACUUUUUCAAAGUACUCGUGGAUCGACUUCGUCUUCUCUGUGGUCGGAGUAUGUACCUUCCUGGUGGACUGGGGCUCGGACGUGUGGGUGGCCACCGAGUUUUACUGCCGCGGGGACCUGUUCUGGUUCGGGGUGCUGGUCGGCCUCAUGGUGCUGUCGUCUAUCGUGGUCCAGAUGUUCAGUUGGUUCUGGUUCAAGUAUGACCGAGAGCUGCCGGGGUUCAGCGUUCAGACCGAGGGAGGAACCGUCCUGUUCGGGGACCGAGUCAAGCUGUCCUGCGUGCUGCAUGUGCUGCAGCUGGGCUUCCUCUGCAGGCACAUCUUUGCCAUACGACAAGGCUUCAGGGUGUGGUGGCGGAAAGAGGAAGGGUCAGAGUACGCCGUUUACCUGACACAUGACCUCAGCAUGCUCCGGCUUAUCGAGACGUUCUGUGAGAGUGCUCCUCAGCUCACCCUGAUGAUCUACGUCAUGCUGCACACAAACAAAGCCAGGACGGUUCAGUUUGUUAGCAUUGCUGCAUCAACUACUUCCAUAGCCUGGAUGGUGGUGGAUUACCACCGCUCUCUGCGCUCCUUCCUCCCAGACAAGGCCAAGCAGGGCUGGUGUUCCUCUUUAAUCUACUUCCUGUGGAACCUGCUGCUCAUCGCCCCGCGUGUUGCGGCCCUCGCCCUCUUUGCCUCAGUCCUGUCCUGGUAUAUUGCUAUCCACUUUCUGAUGUUGUGGCCUGUCUUUGUGACGUGGGCCUGGCGACAGGGGACAGACUUCAUGGACAGCACCGGGGGUGAGUGGCUCUACCGGGCCACCGUAGGGCUUAUUUGGUACUUCAGCUGGUUUAACGUAGCAGAGGGUCAGACCAGAGGCAGGAGCAUCAUCUACCAUUCUUUCAUCACCACUGAUGGAGGAAUCCUGCUGGCGACUUGGUGGUUUUACAGGGACCCUGUCCAGACUGAGUCGUACGCCCUCGCUCUGCUCAUUGCUCUACCUUUCAUCUACCUCCUGGGACUGUUUUUCAAAUCCCUUUACUACUGUUGCUUCCACCCCAAGCUGUGGAGGCCCCCGUCGAGGGAUCCAGGACUGCCUGAUGAUCUGCCCGAUGCAGAAGUGUCCUUUAAAGACACUACCAUCCAGGACGGCACCCUGUCCUCCCACCUCCUCAACAAACGGAUGGCCUGCCAUGCUGCUCACUUUUAUUUAGAGCAAGCAGUUAUUAGAAACACUGAUAGCGCGAAUGGAGCAGAGUCGUCACAUCUGUGAUGUCUUACUUUUUGUGUCAUGGCCAGCUGUGGACUUGUUUGGUAGUGACUGAAAUCAACAGUCUCUCUAGACUGUCUCUUAUUUGUGCUGCAGAGUCACCUGGUGCUCAGUUGUGAUGGGAAUUGAUAAGAUUUUAUUGAUACCAGUGCCAUUAUCGAUAUUGCUUAUCAGUUCAAAUCUUUGUCGAUUCUGUUUUUUGAUUUUGGGUCUUUCUUGUGUGUGUUUCACAGGUUUUCAGCAUCACAGUGCAACAGUUUUAUUAUCUCUGAGUCUGAACACAACAUAGAUUAAAUGAGAGAAUAUUUGCACAGCAUUUGUUUUCAUCCAGGCUGUUUUAGUCAAAGAAAGAAUCUGCUAAACCGGCCUGUGUGACGCCACUGUCGUUAUAAUGUACUUAGAUAUUUACCCUCAGUAACUGACAUGCUGCUCAGUUGGGAAGCAGUAGCACCUGUGUGGAGUGCCAAAUACAUGGCAUUCCUGGAAAUGAAGUGCAUGUUGCGUCGUGAGAUGUUUCAGCAUAUUGCAGGUGUUUCCAUCCUUACUUGAAAUGAUCACUGUACGGACAUACAAGCAGCACUGUUGUCAUCUUUCUUUGUGAAGUGAGGCCACGCUUUGGACCAUAUUUUCCUCUAUGGCUAUGACUCCUUGUUGCAAGUUUCCAUCGGUGUAGAAGCAGGAGUUUAUGUCAUUGUUUUGCAAAGUGCAAAUGUCAGAGAAAAAUGCCAGAACCAAUAAGCUCAGAGGCAUACCAUUCCAACGGAUAGGACAGUUUGGACAUGGUUUUCAAUUGGACCCAGUUCUCGAUUCCCAUCCCUAGUGCUCAGUGUAAUUUGAACCAAAAUGCAGGCUCACAAACCGUACUUGAAACUAAGACAAUAUGGAUAAAAUUCUUUUCACAUACAUCAAACAUCAGAACAUAUAUUGUCAUAUAAGAAGUUCCUGGAAAAACUGACCUGCAACCUUGCCAAUACCAGCAUAGAUACUAAAGGGACAGCUGCCACUGUAUAUAAUCAUACAUUGUCAGAUGUCUCAACUUGAAACUGGGGAUAAUUUGAUACGCUCAUUUCUAAACCAAGAAAGUGAAGUGUUAGCUUUAUUUGAUACAUUCUCUACAAAACAAAUUGUGUUUCAUGAUGAUGCUUGAAGUACAUUUAUACGUGGAGUCAAUUUGUACGUUUGUCAUACAUACCGUAGAUCAUAUGGGUUAGCUGAUGUUGAUGUUUUUUAAUAUACAAAGAAAAAAAACACUGACAAGGCAAAAAAAAAAUACUUUAUAUACAUAAUAUUUGGGAUAUUAUAAGGGUUUUUGGUAAGAGAGCUGUUUUUUUCCACUUUAUGUAGUUAAUCUUUUAAUUUAAGUGGAUGUCUGAGGUUUUACAUGUCAGCAUUGGGUAUCUGAAGUCAUGUGUUGUUUUUGAGUGUUUGGUUGUUACAGCUGCUAUUACUGGAACCUAUUUGAAGGACUUUGAAUGUAGAAUUAACCAUGAGCGCUCCUGUUAUAAUAUCUAUGUCCUGUUACUGUGUGAAACAGCUGUUUUAGACCAGCUGACGGAGGAGAAGUUUUCAUCAAGAUGAUACUGUAAAAAAGUUUGAGUCAAGUGUUGAUACUUUACAUGUCAACUACAUAUUUAAGUACAUAUUUGCCACACAUGACGCCACUGGUGUUACUUUUGUUCGCUCAUCCAGUGUUUGUUUAGCUUGUUUAAAUGUCACAUGUUCCAAACGUCUCGGUUUACCUCACUAUCAGUGUAAACUGUGCUACACACAGACAAUCCUUAUGACUCUACACGGAGCAUGUGCUGUUCAAAUCUUUUUGUAGUGCCCUAAAAGUUGAUUCAAGUUUUUGUGUGUUAUGAUUUAUUUUCACGUUAAACUGCUUUCAGUUCAGUGUUAAUGUUUAUAAAGUGUUGUAGAUCCACUUCUUUGCCAACAGACUCUUCUGAAACCAAAAGUCACUGUUGGUUGUUUAUAUUUUACCUCAUUUGCCAUGUGCAAUUAUUAAAGUGUUUACAAUCUUGUAGGCUA